AUGGAAGCAGUUCCUGCACCUGAAGCACGCAGCAAGAAAGUCGAAUCAGAACCGAUCGCCGCUCCAACACCAUUUCAACGGAGGGAUCCCAAGAAAAAACCGAGCUUUACACUCAAGCUUUCAGACCGCAUGGUAUCCGUUGGAACGAAUCAGAAAUUCACUUGUCAAAUUUCGCUGGGCCUUCAUGGGGACAAUACCGGUCCAACGACCAUCGAGUGGUCCAAAAACGGCUUUCCACUAUCAACAAAGGAAGGGAAAAUUUUCAUGUCCUUCGAGGAUGGCACUGCAGUUCUCGAAAUACGAGAUACCAGACAAGAAGACAACGGAGAGUACACCUGCCUGGCUGAAAAUUACCAUGGUCGUGCGUCAAGCUCGGCGAACUUACACGUUCGCGGAGAUUUCGACACCAGAGGCACAGCGCCCACAUUCUCUUCGCCGACUUUCAAAGCACGAGCGUGUUCGAUGCAUAGAAGUGCUGUACUGAGCUGUUAUUGGUCGGGAUCCGGAACAGAAACUCGGGAAGGAGAUAAAUUGUUGCUGGAAUGCACGGUGACGUCGAGGCCCAUGCCGAGCAUAAGUUGGCUGAAAGACGGCACUAAGCUUCCUUGCGGCACGAUGGGUGGACUCGCCAGAUACCAGUCAUCGUCUAAUUCAGGUUCAGCUGACGACUCUUACGUCUGCAAGCUUGCUAUCAGGAACCCUGGUCCGUCGGACUCGGGCGUUUAUUCCUGUCUAGCUCAAAAUAGAAUAUACAAGGAUGAAAUUUCCACGCGGCUGAAUAUUAAACCACCUCCGUCAAUGCAUUCCGAAGACGCCGAUGCGUUCGACGAUGAGCAUAGCACACCUUCCGCAGUGCGAUCGCCACCUCGAUUCCUCACGCAAUGUUUACCGGACAAGUAUCUCAGUCUGGGCGAUACGCUUGCAUUGCACGUCCAAGUUCAAGGGCACCCGAAGCCAGAAGUCAUGUGGUACUUGAAUAGCAGAGUGGUUCCGGAGCAGCGGAAAGUUAAGCGCAUGUCUGUCGACGACUACGAAGAGGAUGGCGCGAAGACGCGGUACAUUUUCUCUCUGGUUGUCCACAACGUGACAGCUUCCGACAUCGGGAUUUAUUCUUGCCGCGCUUCGAAUUCCUACGGGAUUGCGAGAGCGUCUUGCAACGUGCAAUUCCGUGCCGGAGCAAAGCAUGAGUCGCAAGCGUCCGUUUCGGAGCCGGAAGUCAUCGAGGAUUUCUUCGGAACUCCGCCAAAAUUCUUGUCGAUCCCCGAGGAAGUCAUUUUUGUCGAUCACGGGGAAUCCUUGACGGUCAAGUGCAAAGUGAAAGGACAACCGCCGCCAACAAUUCGCUGGCUGAAGGACGAUAGAGAUAUAACGAAAAAUGCCGCAAUUAUACCGUCACCGACUGGCGAAGAAGACGAAAUACUUUUCUCGUUCCACAUCGGCAAGGUAAUCUGCGCGGAUGGCGGUACUUACGCUUUGGAAGCUAGAAAUUCCUGGGGUUGUUCCACAACUUACGUAACGGUCAGAGUCCGAGAAUUGCAGUGUCCUUGGGACAACAAGGGCGCAUAUCCGUUCGACGAACUGUACUGCAAGAAGUACUUCGGAUCCUCUGGACAUAAAAUGCACGGACAAUCAACCGCGGCGGGUCAGGUAGGUACAGCGUCGAGGGUGCAUGCGUUUAGGCCUCCACCCAAUGUCGAGGCUACCGAGGAAAAUAUCACCUGUUGGGAAGGAGCAGCAGGGAGGGAAAUCCACGCUCCGCUCGACACCACUCGAAACGGCGUUUCCGACGCCAGCACCACCUCACCCCGCGCGUCCGGUGGUGACAACGCUAGGCUCCCGCGGAUGCUUAGCAGCGUUUCCGCGACACCACCACUAAAACUAGACGACGGAUAUCCGCGGAUCAGAAUGCUUCCGGUGGAUCCCGGAAUGUCUUCUGACCAAGAUCCGUUUUCUGUCAUGAGAAAAAACCUACGUGAUCUGGUAUCGCAGUGGUACCCUCGAAUACAUAGCAUAGAUUUCGUCUUAUGA